UAAUUUUUAUAAGCUUUUAAAAGUAAAAUAAAAUAACAAAUAAAAUGGCUGCAGCUCAUGGUUCAGGAGUCAGUAGCGGUAAACGCAAAGAAAUAUAUAAAUAUGUAGCUCCUUGGCCCUUAUAUAGCAUGAAUUGGUCUGUUCGGCCAGAUAAACGUUUUCGUCUAGCUUUAGGAAGUUUCGUGGAAGAAUACAAUAACAAGGUUCAAAUAGUAACUUUAGAUGAAGACAGCAGUGAAUUUGUACCAAAAAGUACAUUCGAUCACCCGUACCCUACGACUAAAAUUAUGUGGAUACCAGAUAGUAAGGGAAUGUAUCCAGAUUUGUUGGCUACCAGCGGUGAUUAUCUUCGAGUGUGGCGUGCAAUGGAUACUGAAACUCGCCUUGAUUGUGUUUUAAAUAAUAAUAAAAACUCUGAUUUCUGUGCACCAUUAACAAGUUUUGAUUGGAAUGAAGUCGAUCCGAAUUUAGUUGGUACAUCAAGUAUUGAUACAACUUGUACAAUAUGGGGUCUAGAAACCGGUCAAAUGUUGGGCAGAACUGAAUGUGUAACUGGGCAUGUUAAGACACAGUUAAUUGCACAUGAUAAAGAAGUAUACGAUAUUGCAUUUUCACGUGCUGGCGGAGGUCGUGAUAUGUUUGCAUCAGUUGGAGCAGAUGGAUCAGUUCGAAUGUUUGAUUUAAGACAUUUAGAACACUCUACAAUUAUAUAUGAGGAUCCAGCACAUACUCCUUUAUUACGAUUGGCAUGGAACAAACAGGAUCCCAAUUAUUUGGCUACUGUUGCUAUGGACGCCUGUGAAGUUAUAAUUCUUGACGUUCGUGUACCAUGUACACCAGUUGCACGAUUAAACAAUCAUCGUGCAUGCGUUAAUGGUAUUGCUUGGGCGCCACAUUCAUCUUGUCAUAUUUGCACGGCCGCUGAUGAUCAUCAAGCAUUAAUUUGGGAUAUUCAACAAAUGCCACGUGCAAUUGAAGAUCCUAUUUUAGCGUAUACGGCCGCUGAAGGUGAAGUCAAUCAAAUUCAAUGGGGAGCAACACAACCUGAUUGGAUUGCAAUUUGUUACAAUCGAUCUUUGGAAAUAUUACGUGUUUAAAACAUUGUGUGUGUGUGUGAGUGUUACGAUUUGUGUUUUGAAUUAAUUUUUAUUUAAAUUAUUUUUUUCAAAUGAAAGAAAUAUGUUUUCAUACUGAAAACAGAAAUGAUCGUUUCAAAAUCUGAAAUCAGAACGAAUAUUUAAAUUAGUUUUACGAAGUAUAGGUAUUUUGUUCAAUCACACGAUUGUGUGAUUGUUGGUUGUUUAUCACAUGAGAAUGACGUAAAAGUAAAAUGAUAAUGGGAUUGUAUAAAUAAUGACUUCUGCAAAAUUAUAAAGAACUUUACGUAUUAGCAGAUACAGUAUCCGAUUACUAUACUGUAUAAUUUAUCAGUUACAUGUACAGGAUAAAAAUAAACAAGCGAAAAAUCGGUAUUUAGCCCGAAAAAUGUGUCGGCAUUCUGAUUAACUCUGAUGUCACUCACAUCAACUGUUGGGAUUCUUUUAAAACACAAUGUUAACUUAUUUCGAAAAUUCUUAUUCACGUUUACUUCGAAAAGUAACUAUUGUAAAUGUUUGUUAUCAAUAUAAAAGAGCAGAUUUCCAACCCCUUCUAAAAUUCGGUUCAAAUUGAAGAAAAUAACUAAUCCAUAUACUCUGUGUCAAUAAAACUGUGCGUUUUUUUGUGACACAGAGGUACGUUUUAUCAAAUUCUACCAGCAUGUAUUCAUAUAUUUUAUUUCGAAGUAAACAUGAAACACUAUAAUUGGAGUAGCCUAAUCAUGUUUUUUAAUAGAAACUCAACAAUUGAGUGGCGUUAUGAUUCAUUUUCGGGCUAAAUGCCGAUUUAUAAAAACAUAGUAAAUGCGUAACAGCUUGUAUAAGUUGAAAAAAUUUUAAACAAAAAGAUUUGUUUUAAAGGAAAGAAAAAAUGAAAAGGAAACAUUUUUUAAUCUUGAAUAUAUAUAAUUUAGUAUUUGACGCUUAAAAGUUUAUAUGAAGAAAACAAAAAUAAUCAUUAUACGUUAGCGUGUGA